GACUACCCGACAUGUUGCAGGUACCUCCGUUGUAUUGAGCCAACAUGUCGAGUGCGAGCCUCCAUGCGGCUGUACGAUGGAGCUCCGAUAGUCUGCAGCAGUGACUCCGUACACAACCACCGGGCCGACUUCCGGCGCAAGAACUUUGUCCUGUUUCUGCAACACUGUAAGCAGCGAGCUCUCGAGGAGACCACCAACAUCCAAGACAUUUACGCUGAAGAGGCUAAGAGGGAUCCUGUGUCUGCCGCCAUGAUCUCCAGUUACAACCUGAUACAACGGAUGAUGCGGGCCAGGAAGCACACUACCAAGUACUACCCUACAGUCGAGGACCAGUCAGAGUUUGUGCAGGCUUGUACCUCGACUCACACAUCUACCGAGGUCCCUCCCAGUGAACUGGUGAACGAGGACUCGUGCUCUCAGGAUGUCGACAUCUGUGAUAACAUUCAGGCUGAGACAGUGUUUGGUGAAUCUUCAGAUGAGGACCAGGAUCAGGAAUCGGAAGCCAUAGAGAAAGCCAUCAGCCAACUUGUUCAUGAGCCUGAAGAUGAAAAGAAGUUAAAGGAGCAACAAGAGAGAGGUCCGGUGCCUGAGGACCAGCUGGAGGCUGCGGAAAUGCUGCCUGGUAUUCGCCCUAACUCCACCAUGUACCACGACGGGAGAGGCUACUACUAUGUUUUCAAUACAAUGAGAGAAAAUGUCUGGUAUCUACGUUGUAUAGAGCCUCAGUGUCGGGUGAGGGCCCACAUGAUGCCAGGGGACAACAGUCCCGUAGUUCAGUCAGCCAAUACGCUACACAAUCACCGGCCUGAUUACAAGCGGAAACAGUUUGUGCUGUGGAUGGAGCACACCAAGCAUAGAGCAGCCACUGAAGACCUACCAAUACCCACCAUCUACGCAGAGGAAGCUGCUAGGGACCCAGAAUCUGCCAGUCUCAUUUCAGCAGAAAACAUGAAGACGAGGAUGCACCGAGCACGAAAAUCCAAUAAUUUCAAGAUGGAUUUUGGUGAAGGAGAAAUAGGUUCUGCUGAAGAAGCAGUUGAAGAGCAAGAACAAUCUGAGGUAAAAAUGAAACAAGAAAACGUCUCAAUUGAAAAGGAUGUUGUACAAACUGCGCAAGAAGGAGCUGAGGAACAACAGACCUUUGAGAGCUUAGAAGACAGCAAUACAGUGUACUUGUACCACCAGCCGCCUGUCAAGACAUCGACGACUCAGAAACCGACAUUCUACGACGACAAAGGUUACUGCUAUCAGCAGACCACCAUACGCAGCCUCGUUAGGUACCUGAAGUGUAUAGAGCCUACCUGCAAGGCUCGGGCUAGCAUGCAUCUAGAAGAAGAGUCCUCCAUCAUGCUGAAUAAACAAUGCUCAUACCACAACCACGAACCUGAUUCCUCCGAGAUCACCAUGCUGCUAGACCCAGAUGGGCAGUUAGUUAGUGCAGAUAACACACCUAUACAGGUCAUCUACACGGACGAGAAUGGCGGAGAGCAGGUAGCACUGUGUCACAUCGCUGAGACACCAACGCCGCGCAAACGACCGUACAAGCAGAGACAGAUGCCUGAACUCACCAUCGAUCCUGACGAACCUGUAGACACAAAUUUGUCUUCUGAGGUGGAUGUUGCUGCCGGGGACUAUUACCACAACGAGGACCAGCAGCGGUAUCCGUUGCGGCCCUCGGAGGUGAUACCUGGCCUGAGACCUGACGCCAACAACUAUCAUGAUGGCAAUGGUUUCUACUACGAACUCAACCGACUUAGCCAGAACAUCAGGUAUCUCAAGUGUCUCAUCAAGGACUGCAAGGCCAGAGCAUACAUGGACACGCUGAAGAAGAAUGCUCCCAUCAUCCAGACGAACUUCGCUCGACACAACCACGGUCCGGACCUGUUCCGCAAGCAGUUCACAGUGUUCCUGCAUCGCGUGACGCGCCGCGCUGCCAUGGAGGACACACCUAUCAAUGUCAUCUACCAACAGGAGGCUGAGAGAGACCCACAAUCAGCAAGUCAGAUCCGUAUGGAAAAUGUAAAGCAGAGGAUGAUGCGGUUCAGGAAGAAGCACAGAAAAGCUAAUAAUACUGAUGUCGGAGAGGAGAAGGGUGAAGGGGGGGUGUAUCACCUGGUGGAGGGAGACCUGGGGGAGAGUUACUACAUCCAGUACGGGGAGGGGGAGGGGGAGGAGGAGGCUGGGGUUGAGGGAGAACCGUACCUCGGCCAGUACGAAGGUCAUGAGGAUGAUGAGGCUGAUGAGACCAGUAUGUAUCAGGGCUAUGUGGUCAGUGAGGUGGAGGUGGAGUCGUCUCAGCAGCAUCAGUUCGGGUCGGCUUAAGUCUUGUACAGAGCAAAUAGACUAAAAAUACUUUAGGAUUACUUUUGUACAUGAUUUUAUUUUUACUUUUUAAUUAUUUAUACAUAAUUCUGAUGUGUUGUUUUUGCUGUAGUUUGACUUUUUGAAACUUGAGUGCUGAAAUUAUUCAAUAUAAGAAUUUUUUAUGGGUGAUUAUAACAUUUAAACUGUCUAUAAUAUGUUUAAUUGAAUAAAGCAAUAAUUGUAAUUUAUGGUUUAUAUAUUCAAACAAAAUUAUUUUGUUGAUUACUUGUAAAAUACCUAUGUGUAUUUUUUUAAACAAAGAUGGAUUUUCUUUUGAAGUUGUGGAUGUAAACAGUUAGGCUUUGCACAAUCCAUUGAAAUGUAAAACAUUUCAAGUAUUAAAGUAUACAAACAAAGUUUUGGUUUUAUUUAAAAAUAUUCAAAGAAUAAAUUAUUUAUUAAGAUUAUUUUUGUUUUGUACACAACAUAAGAGUAAACACAGGUUUAAUAAACUUUUGAAGCAGUUUUGAAUUUAGAUAAUUAUUGGAUUAGUUAUGUUAUUUUAUAUUUGUUUACAAUGGCUUGUGAAAUAUAGGAUUAAGUAAUUAAUGCUGGUUCGUUUUCUUUAUUUAAUAAAAGUCUUAACAGUAUUUAAAAAUUAUAUAAUUUAAAACAAUAAUUUAUUAUUUUAUUGUUACUAUAAAAUUGAUUUUAUCACCUUAAUUUAGUUUCUCUAAACAUUUUAGAACAUUUAUGAGAAUCCAAACUCCAUUGUAAAAAUUACGUCUUUAAGUCUUGGAUUAAAAUGUUUUUGAUAUAGAAUAUUUUUGUGUAUAAUAAACCAAGAAAUGGAAAAACAAA